AUGGCAGGCUCAUAUUCAAAAAAACGCAAGAUUGAAGAGGGAAUGAAAGGGAAAACCUCGAGACCCGUCAAGAAAUUUAAGAAACAAACGGACUACAACAGCGAUUCCACCGCAGAUUCAGAACCGGAGCCAGAGCCAGAGCAAGAUUUCAAGGCUGUCAAUCUGCAAGAUUCCGACGAUGAAGGACUCGACACCGCGGAUCUUGUCACAGCAGAGCUAUCAGAUGUGGGGGACGAACCUGCAAUCGCUGCAGAGGUCGAGGAAGAAAUCACAGACGGUUCAAACUCCGAUUCAGAGGACGAUGACGACGAAUCAGAUACAAAUUCCAACCCCAACUUAAUACGAAAGCGGAAACGAAAUGACCCCGAAGCUUUCGCAACGUCCAUGUCCAAGAUCUUGGGCUCAAAACUAUCGACGAGCAAACGCGACGAUCCAGUUCUGUCCCGCAGUGUAGCAGCUAUUGAGGCUAGCAAAGAGAUGACGGAUCAAGCAUUGGAGAAGAAGGCCAAACAUAAGAUAAAGGAGGACAAGAAGGCUGCGUUGGAGAAAGGCAGGGUAAAGGAUGUGCUCGGAGCGAGUACGGCGUUUGAUGCUGCGCAUGGGGUCGGAACGGGUGAGAGUGUGCAGGAGACUAUGGAGUUGGAGAAGAGGUUAAGAAAGACGGCGCAGAGGGGUGUGGUUAAGCUAUUCAAUGCUGUUAGAGCCGCGCAGGUUAAAGGGGAAGAGGCUGCAAGGGAGGCGAGAUUGAAGGGGGUGGUGGGACAGGGGAGACGUGAGGAGAAGGUCAACGAGAUGAGCAAGAAAGGUUUUUUGGACUUGAUUGCUGGGGGUGGAGGAGGAUUGAAGGCUGGUGGGGUUGAGGAGGCUUAG